AACUCUCAAACCUUUUAUCCAGCAUGCCCCCCAGAACAUCCUCCAGGAGAGUGUCAGCCACAGCUAUGCAAAAGCCUAAGGAAGGGGACUCUGCAAUGCAGAACAACACGCCAACUUCAACACGCUCUGGGCGAUCGAUCAAGAAGCCAGACACUAUUUCACCAUAUUUUAACAAAUUUACUGGCAAAAAAGGAAAGGAAAAGAAAGCCCAUGAAGGUAGUGGAGAAGAUGAUUCACAUGAGCCUACGGGGUUAAACUCUUGGGAGGAAAAUUCAUCAUCUAAUGAUGAAGGUUCGGAGGAUGAAUUUGGGCCAUCAGAGGAUGACCAAGAUGGAGCUGGCGUAGAAGAUUCCGAAUCAGAAUCAGAAGCAGAAUCGAUGGAUAGUGAUUUUUUAGACGAGGAUGAUGAUUACCAAUCUAAUAGAGGAAAAAAACGGGGAUCCACUUCAAGGAAGGCCAAACCUCCACCCAAACGAGCCAAAACAUCUGCAAAGGCUAACCGCCAGGCUUCUUCCGCGAAGAAAAAAGAAUUGAAGAAGAAGGUUGGAGAUCAUGAGUAUAUUGAAGGAUACGAUGAUGAGGAAGAUGACAUGACGGACACAGACUUGGAAGAUGGACAAGAAAUCGCUGGGAGGAUAUAUCCUGCUCCUAAGACUGGACAAGUACCCCCUGGUCAAAUAUCACAAAACACACUCAACUUUCUUAAGAAUCUCCAAAUACCGGAACGUAAUGAUCGCGACUGGUUUAAAUCCCAUGAGCCGUCUUUCAGGCAGGCUGAAAAGGAAUGGAAAUCUUUCGUCGGCAUAAUGCAACAACAAUUGAGCGACGUUGACGAUGAAGUUCCUGUCCUUCCUCCUAGUGAUGUCAUUCAUCGUAUCUAUCGCGACGUCCGUUUCUCAUCGGAUAAGACACCAUAUAAAAAGGGUUUAUCCUUUACGACCUCCCGCGGUGGCCGGAAAGGACAUUUUGGAUCUUACCACCUCUACAUCUCCCCCAACGGCCGUUCACUGCUCGCUGGAGGUAUUUGGAUGCCGGAUAAGAACCAGACUGCUUCCAUCCGUCAUCGGAUUCUGACAGAAGAGGGUUGCGCGAGAUUCAGGCAGGUCAUUGGGGAGAAGGAGUUUGUGAAAUGGUUUGGUGAGGCAAAGGAGAAGAAGGGGGAGAGGAGGAAUGUGUUCGGACAUGAUGAUGCGUUGAAGGUGGCCCCAAAGGGUGUGGAUAAAGAACAUAGAGAUAUCGAUUUGUUAAAAUUAAGAUCCGUAGCUGUCGUUCACUACUUUACGGACGAGGAGGUGGUAGACCCGGACUUCCAGGACAAGGUCAAAGAAGGGGCAAGAGUAAUGAUGCCUUUCGUCCGGAUGCUGAAUGACUUUAUAUCUUUACCUCCGGAUAAUGACGAAUAAAACCUUGAAUAAUGUCCUGUUGUCUUGAAAUAAGGUUUGAUACAUACAAAUGUUGUACAGUUAUGCAAC